AUGCUGGAAACGACAAACUUGAGCCUUUUAAUAGCAAAUUUUGUAUGUAGGAUGUUUAAAACAAACAAGUUUUUCCCGGAGAUUGCUCAGACUGCAAAGCGAGUGAUUGAUACCGCAAAAAUACUGGAAAUGCCCAUCAUCGUUACUGAACAAUACCCACAACGGCUCGGUUCGACAGUGAAGGAGCUCGGACUAGAGCACAGCAUUCCUCGAUAUGCGAAAACACAAUUCUCAAUGUGCGUACCGGAAGUGGAGCCACUUCUCAAAGACAAGGAAAGUGCUAUCAUUGUUGGUCUUGAGGCUCAUGUUUGCAUUUUGCAUACAACUUACGGUCUGCUCGAAAAAGGACUCAAUGUUCAUAUUGUGGCCGAUGCAGUGACUGCAAGGACUAUGGUUGAUAGGAAAUUUGCGUUCAGGCAGUUGGAAAGAGCUGGAGCCAUUCUGACAACAUCUGAAUGUGUCAUUUUGGGCUUGUUGAAGGAUGCUAAACAUCCCAAAUUCAAAGAAGUACAGAAGCUGAUUAUGACGGAAGCUCCAGACUCAGGGCUCCUGGACAUGUGA